CUUUCAUAGAAACCCUUCUAAAAUGAAGCACUACAAAACCAGAGAGGAACUUGAGGUCCCUGAGCCCACCUGCACCUCCUUCCUCUCCCGGGGGCUAAAAGACAGCGCGGAGGAACACCAGCGAUCCAAUCUGGGCAGCUUUCCUGGGAAGAUGUGGCCAUUCCUGCUCCUGCUUCUGCUGGCCUUUCUACUGCCCCCCAGGGCAGAGGCAGAGGAGAUCAUCGGAGGACAUGAGGCCAAGCCCCACUCUCGCCCCUACAUGGCCUACAUUCAGUUUGUAGAUAAGGGGGAGAAGAAAAUAUGCGGAGGUGUCCUUGUGCGAGAGAACUUUGUUCUGACGGCAGCUCACUGCAGCGGAAGCUCAAUCAUUGUCACACUGGGGGCCCACAACAUCAAGCAACAGGAGAAGACCCAGCAGGUCUUCCAGGUGACAAAAGCCAUCCCCCACCCAGACUAUAAUCCCAAGAACAUCUCCAAUGACAUCAUGUUACUGCAGCUGGAGAGAAAUAUCAAGCUGACUAAAGCUGUGAAGCCCCUCCGCCUACCCAGGGGCAAGGACUCGGUGAGGCCAGGACAGAAGUGCAGUGUGGCCGGCUGGGGACAGGUCACCCUGAUGGGCACUUUAGCAAACACUCUACAGGAAGUGGAGCUGACUGUGCAAGAGGAUUGGGAGUGUAAAAGCUACUUACGAAAUUAUUAUGACCCUGCCAUUCAAAUCUGCGCGGGGAACCCGACAGAAAAGAAGGCUUCCUUUCAGGGAGACUCCGGGGGCCCUCUUGUGUGCCAACAUGUGAUCCAGGGCAUUGUCUCCUAUGGAAGAAAAAAUGGGACACCUCCACGGGCCUACACCAAAGUCUCAAGUUUCCUGCCCUGGAUAAAGAAAACCAUGAAAAAAGCCUAACUGCAGAACCAGACUGUCUUCUCGAGGGAAUCCAGAAUCACGCUGAGGGGGCUGGGAGAGGGCAGGUGGUGCCAGCACCCUAAUAAAUGUCUCUUAGCUGAUUGGGAACAGCCGGUUCCUUGUUUCUUCAUCGACCAUGAUUCACAGGCACCAGCUCUAUGCGUACAUGGCCAAGGGAACAAUUCUGCUGUUUUCUGCUUCCUCUUCUUCCCCACACCCCCACC